AUGCAUUUCGCACCGAUCCCGGAAGAGGAUGACCGCUCAAUCGAGCUGUCCUCGAUUGCAGCCAUCUAUCCGGAAAUCAGAAUCGACGAGAAAUUUCCUUACAAAGCAUCCCUCGAUCUUCCUGUCGCACCAUCGUCGCCGUUGCGGGUUCGUUUUGAACAGGGCCCCGAAAAUUACCAAGCUCCGAUCACGCCCCCUACUUCUCUUGAGGCGAGCGAAAAUGGGAUUAAUGGUGGAGGUCUUGACGGAGUCACCAGGGCAGUGGCCGAAAAUAUACCCGAUAUUCACCAUCUAUCCUACCUCCCGCCACUGUCUCUCGAAAUCGAGCUUCCACAAGGCUACCCAUCAGAAGAGCCGCCAAUCUUCAACAUCAGCACAAACCCACCAUGGUUACCCCUACCACAGAUAUCAAAACUGCUAGACGAUGGGAGAAGGCUUUGGGAGGAGAGUGGGAAAGACAUGGUGGUCUACACCUACAUCGAUCAUCUCCAGCAACUAUCAGAAACUGCAUUCGAUCUGGCUCAAACUCCCGACGCAGAGGUCCGACUGCCUCGCAGUCUGAAGAUUGCAAUGCUCGAUUUCGACAUGAAAGCGAAGAGGGAGAAGUUCGAACAAGAAACCUUCGAAUGCGGCGUCUGCCUAGAACCCAAGAAAGGGGUGAAUUGCCAUCGCAUGUUGCGCUGUUCUCACGUUUUCUGCAUACCAUGUCUUCAGGAUUUCUAUAAUACCUGUAUCAAAGAGGGAGAUGUUGACAGCGUCAAAUGCCUGGCUCCUGAUUGUGGCAAAGAUCCGCAUCCAGCACCUGCCCCCCCUUCGGACCAAUCUGAACAACCACAACAGACCAAGAAACGAAAGAAACAGGAUCGGACGCUCAAUCCUAGUGAGCUGCUUCAAAUUCCUUUGGAACAGGAGACCGUCCAGCGAUAUGUUUUCUUGAAGCGGAAAAAGAAACUCGAGGCAGACAAGACGACGAUAUACUGUCCACGAAAGUGGUGUCAGGGCGUUGCUCGGUCUAAGCGACACCCCAAACCCAGUGACCCUAUUACAGAUGAUCUCGGAGACUCUGAUGAUGACGAUGAAAACGAUGUUAUGAACUUUGAUCCUCUUGGAGAUGAGGCUCAGCUGCCGCCCGUGGCCGAUCGAGUUGUGAUCUGCGAGGAUUGCGGAUAUGCAUUCUGUUGCGUUUGCAAAAAGGGGUGGCAUGGAGAACUUGUGCGCUGUUUCCCCCGAAGAGAAGCCGAGCUUUCAGCGGAAGAAAAGGCAACGGAAGAAUACUUGAAGUUGUACACCACACAAUGCCCGACGUGCAAUGCUCCGUGCCAGAAGAGGAUGGGAUGCAACCAUAUGAUAUGUUCCCAAUGCCAUACCCACUUCUGUUAUCUCUGCUCGACCUGGUUGUCUGAAGACAAUCCCUAUCGACACUUCAACACUUCGGGCAGCAGCUGUUACAACCGUCUGUGGGACUUGGAAGGUGGCGACGGAAUUGAUCCAGAGGGCGCUGAGGCCCUGCACCAGAUCCCAGAUGAUUUGAGAGAUUUCGAAACUGAGAGUGAAAGUGACGAUGAUGAAGAUAAUGGCAGCGAGUCUGAUGAUAAUCCUGUUUGGGAAUUUGAUGAAAGUAGUGACGAUGACAGUGACGACAAUGAAAUGAAUCGGAGGAGGCCUCCUCCACCAGCGCCAGUCCCCCCUAGAGUAAUGCCACCAGCUGGCAAUGCUCACCAAAACCAGAGAGGCAAUCCCCGUGGUCUGGACGCAGCGGGUCUUGCCGCUGCCGCGGAGCGCCAGGCACAGGCGCUUGCCAUGGCUCAGAUUCGAGAUCGACCAGGCGCACGCGAAGCCUUCCCACGGCCUCCACAGCGAGUUGGUGGCGGGUUACAACAACGUCGGGAACCACAUAGACCGGUUCGACAGGAAGGUCUACAACGAUUUCUGGAAUUGGUACAGAACGACCAGGAAGACGAAUGGGACAGUGAUGAGCUGAACGGCUAA